UAUCCCUUUUUCUAUUCUUGGCGAAACCCACGGCAUAGACCGUGGGAUCUCGGAUAUCCGGAGAAACCCUAGAAUAAGAGAUCGAGUUCCCUCGAUUCCCCCGCUCUGAUUCUCCCAGACAAUCUCCGGUUCUCUUGAUCUUCGGAAGUACUUGCCUGCUACUCUUGUCGCUCUUCGUGGGGUUCGCUUUUUCGCGGAGCUCUUUCCAAGUCAAUAGUGUGCGAAUUACUGUCAGAAAGUGGGAACCUUUGAUUGCUUUGACCCUUUGUGUCCGGCUUCUGAUGUGGAUUUGAUGUUUUUGGGUUACUGUGGGUGUAGUUUGGUAAGGGGAGAAAUGGGGAUAUUAUUGGGUUGAUGGUUUUUGGGAUUUUGGGGUCGGUGAUUGGAGGCCUGGUGUUUGCUGCUUGUUGAGUCUUUCGUAUCAUGUACCAUGCAAAGAAAUUUUCGACCUUACCCAUGGUUCACCAUAAGUCCCCGAGUACAGGACAACUCAUAACAGUUGGUUCUUGUGGAGAAUAUCCUGUAGAAAAUCCAAGUAAUUCUGGAAGAGGUGGAAAACAACGUCUACGGUGGACUUCAGAUCUCCAUGAUCGUUUUGUUGAUGCUAUAGCACAACUUGGUGGACCAGAUAGAGCAACACCAAAAGGUGUUCUAAGGGUAAUGGGUGUGCCCGGAAUUACAAUAUAUCACGUGAAGAGUCAUUUGCAGAAGUAUCGCCUUGCAAAAUAUCUACCUGAAUCUCCAGCUGAAGGUUCAAAAGAUGACAAGGAUCCUGUUGAUGUUCUUGGUAGUGUGGACUCCACGCCAGGAGUAGAGAUCAACGAAGCUUUGAAAAUGCAAAUGGAGGUGCAGAAGAGACUCCAUGAACAGCUCGAGGUGCAAAGACAGUUACAGCUGAGAAUAGAAGCUCAAGGUAGGUAUCUGCAGAAGAUCAUCGAAGAACAGCAGAAGCUGGGAGACACCACAACUUCUUGUGAGCUUUCAGCAGCGAAUGUAAAGCAGAAAGCCAAUGAGUUCCCACCUGUGUCUCAUGAUGGUCUUGGUGAUGAUGAAUCUCCACCAGUGAAAAAACAAAAGUUGAUUGACCAAAGCUUGGAAUACACUGAACCAGCAUCAUCACAAGUAGUGACUAAAUCAGAUAUCUGACAGUCAAUGAGAUAUUGAUAUAAAAACUGUUGACUUGAUUAAGGUUCAACCUUAGUAAGAACCUGCAUCGUUAAAUAAUUGUUUCGGCUUGACUUGUUAUGUAAUCAUGCUUGUGAUGUAUAUUUCAUAGUGUUUACAAUUGUAAAUAUUCAUCAGGCAGUAGAAAUCUUCAGAUUGAUGUUUGUGUGCAUGUAGGACUGACAGAUGAUCCUGCGGUAGAAAAAAUCAGCGAGAAAUUUAAUGGAGUAUUGAGUUUACUGUA